AGUCCUAUAUCUAUCUCUAUGUAAAUCACGGCUCAAUAUUAUUUGCAGAUCAGUCAGUCAAAAUGUACCCAUGAUACAACACGGUUUUGACGCGCUUGAACACUGCCAUUAGGUGGGAAGGCAACUGUUUGGGAUUGGACAUAUGUUUUUAUCGACGAAUCUAUUGUUAAAUCGCGUUAUUGAUAUAGUAAUGAAGCUGUCACUUCAAUGCAACCUUUAAUAUUAUACAUUCUUGUGCAUGCGUUUCGAUGUUUUUAAAAACUUUAUUUUUUUUACAGACGAUUGAUUACUAGCUUUUAAUGUAGUCAUUGCUGGAGAGGUGAGGAGCACAUCAGGUGCCCAGUAACUAUAUCUAGCAUAGCUUCUGAUAACAACAACAAUAAGCUAAUGUUUCAAAUGUUGGUGGUCGUCGUCUAGCUACGUCUUUUGCACACAAAAAAAUCACGGCAGUCAUUGUUUACAAUCUCGCUCGAGCCUUGUUUUGUGCGUAUUUCGCUACACGAGAAGGUUGUCAUUUUAUCGUAGCUAUUGCAUGGACACCAUGAUGCGCGCGCCUUGCGCACAAUGUUUAUAUGAAUUCUCGUGAUAUUCUAUGAUUUGAUUAGUUUAUUCACGUUAAUACCAACCACUCUACUUCGGAUGUCAAUGGAGGGGGACGAGGGAAACCGUGACCAAUCGUCACGGGAAGAGUGGACACUCCUGUUUUGGACCUCUCUCGCUGUCGUAGUGCCCGUGAUCAUUACAUUGUGGUGCAGUGUCCAACGCUCCAAACGGAAAAUACACAUGAAAGACUUCUUCCGCAAGAGCAAGCACGGCUGGCACUGCACCGACCUGUUCAACAAGCCCACCUACUGCUGUGUAUGCCAACAACACAUUCUACAAGGGGCAUUCUGCGACUGCUGCGGAGUGUGCGCCGACGAGACAUGCCUGCGUCGGGCCGACCGGAGCCUUGUUUGCAAAGAGAUUAUGGCUCCGUCCCAAGCGGAUGGGACACUAGAGCACCGCUGGGUCCGGGGAAACGUCCCUCUCUGCAGUGUCUGUGUGGUCUGCAAGGAGCAAUGUGGGAACCAACCGAAGCUGUGUGACUUCAGGUGUGUGUGGUGUCAGACAAUGGUGCACGAUGACUGCAAGGCCAGCCUGUCGGACGGGGAGCAGUGUGAGCUGGGCGAGUUCCGCAGCCUCAUCAUCCCCCCUCACUACCUCCACCACGUCAACAAGCUCCGCCGCAGGCAUCCCGAUGAGUACAGCAAGCUGGCGUCUGCCUGUGGGAGCAGCUGGACUCCAGUGCUGGUCCUGGCCAACACUCGCAGUGGGAACAACAUGGGGGAGGCUCUGCUUGGAGAGUUCCGCACCAUCCUCAACCCUGUCCAGGUGUUUGACCUGUCGGAGCUGCCUCCCUCUAAGGCUCUGCAGCUGUGCACCCUGCUGCCUCCAGGCAGUGUUAGGGUGCUGGUGUGUGGCGGGGACGGAACCGUGGGUUGGGUGCUGGAUGCCAUCGACACCAUGAAGCUCAAGGGCCAAGAUCAGUUCAUCCCCAGGGUGAUGAUCCUGCCCCUGGGCACAGGGAACGAUCUGUCCAACUCCCUGGGCUGGGGGUCGGGCUACGCCGGGGAGAUCCCUGUGGAGCAGGUGCUCCGGAACGUCCUCGAAGCAGAGGUGGUCAAGAUGGACAGGUGGAAAGUUCAGGUAGCCUCAAAGGGGCUCUACUUUCGUAAGCCAAAGGUCCUGUCCAUGAAUAACUAUUUCUCAGUGGGCCCGGAUGCCCUGAUGGCGCUCAACUUCCACACCCACCGUGAGAAGACCCCCUCCUUCUUCUCCAGCCGCAUCAUCAACAAGGCUGUAUAUUUCAUGUACGGCACCAAAGAUUGCUUAGUUCAAGAAUGCAAAGACCUGGAUAAGAGGAUUGAGUUGGAGUUGGAUGGAGAGAGAGUGGCCCUGCCCAGUCUGGAGGGCAUCAUCGUGUGUAACAUCGGCUACUGGGGCGGAGGCUGUCGUCUGUGGGAGGGCAUGGGGGACGAGCCCUACCCCCCUACGCGGCUGGAUGACGGACUGCUCGAGGUGGUGGGUGUGUUUGGCUCCUUCCACUGUGCUCAGAUCCAAGUCAAGAUGGCCAACCCGGUGCGGCUGGGCCAGGCCCACACAGUCCGGCUGGUGCUGAAGACGUCCCGGAUGCCCAUGCAGGUGGACGGGGAGCCGUGGGCCCAGGGCCCGUGCACCAUCACCAUCACCCACAAGACCCAGGCCUUCAUGCUCUACCACAGCGCCGAGCAGACGGACGACGACGACGAAUCCAGCACCUCCGAGGCUGAGAGCUCCGCCCCCCAUGACUCUCCCAAGCCAGCAGGUCCCUCCUCUGCUCGUGCCUGAGCCCCCAAGUUCCACCUCCUCAAUGUUUCAUCCAUACCCCUCCUUUGUUCGUUGUAGUAAAUGCUGAUGACAUAAUGCCACGAUUGCACUCCCCAGAUGAUGAUAUAAGCCAGAGCUCAGGCAUAUUCCCGCCUCGGGGUAAAGGAAGGAAGGAGAUGUUUCAGUGGAUGAUGGGCUGUAUAUUUGCACUGAUCCCUUGUUUUAUAGUUAUAACAGUUCUAUCGUUUGAAUAGUUUGGCAGUGUUUCCCAACAUGGACCCCGUGUGUCCCUGACUCAAGAGGAAGCGUUGACCUCGACACUCCGACUCCUAUGAUAGAAUAUAUAUUUAUAUUAGUAAGUCAAUCACUGGACGUUUGUUUUGUUUACUCUUAUUUCAUGAUGAUGCACUGUUACUGCCAUGUUGGCCAAAUCCCCAAUGUGCUGUAUUGGACAGACACUAGUUAGUGGUUACUAAGUCUUAAGAAAACGUUACUUGACUAUAUUUCUUAAAAAGAGUUUUUUUAGGACUCUUAGUUAACCAUUCCUAGUGAAAUAUCCGAUGCUUCUAAAGGAUUUAUUCACAGGUUUUAUCAUUUCGACCGUGUAAUAUUUGGAGACAAAAUAUCAACCACAAUAAUCCACUGUCUGUUAAAUGUACUUCUACUUUUUUUUUUUUGCAAUAUUUUGUCCUUUUCUUGAUUAGACCUCUCUUUGUGUGGGCACUUCGUUGUUGCACUGUAGGAAUUACUCCGUAGGACGUAGUUAGAAUUGUACCGUCCCUCAAAACCGACUGCUCAAAGUGUUCAGAAGUAUAGUUAUGAUAGUACUCUGUCCGUAUCUAUUUUGUUUGUUGUCUACUAUGGAAAGAUUGUUUAUUUCAAACACUUUGUCUUCAUGCUGCGUAUCACUAGACAAACUGCUAGGUGACACCCUAUGUCUGUCACAUAGAAAUAGAUUAGCAUCUAGCCAUUCUAUUUCUAUGGUGUGUCGACUGUCAUAAUGUUUGUUACCACAAUGUUUUAAUGAUUUAUUUUUCUUCUGAAUCUCCGUCACCUUUCAGGAAUGUCAUUCAGGAAUAAUGCUGUUUUGUCAUUUUAGGGAGGUCAAAGUUGAGAUAUCAGAAGGUUUGUUACAGCCAUAAUAUAAAGUUAUAGGUGGCGUUCCAGGUUGUCUGUUAUGCAAUCACACUGCGCACCUGCCCCUAAGCACUUCUGCAGGUCCCUCGGUUUGUGGAACCAGUCUAAUCACUGCGUUCGCCAUUCUAUUUCAAAUCACUUGCAGUAGAACAGAAUGGUUGGCACAGCAAUCAGAUUGGUUCCACCAGGUUACCCUGUCCACAUAAUCUUAUUCAUUGUGAUCUAUAAGGGAAAAGUGAUCCUAGAUCAGCACUCCUAAUCAUCUGUGCAGCGUGACUGCAAGCAAUAUGACCUGGAACGUCUCCUAAAAGUCUUGGUCCUUAAGCCAACUAUUGGCAUCAACUGUAUAACGGGAGGAUUGUCAAUGUUCAUCUAAAGCUUCGGAGGGCCAUAGUUAUUAAUAUAAUGCCAAUGCUUGUGAUAUACAUUCCCUUUGUGUGUGUUAAGCCGUUGGGUAAUUGUCUUGUUGCUUGACACCCAUUUUAUGUGUAUCUGCGCUUCUACUGUGUUUACAACAAACCUGAAUGUUCUAGAAACAAGUCUGAGCAUCUUAACUGUGGACAGAAAUGUUAUUUCAAACAGUAUAGAGCUGGGGUAUUCAACUCUUACCCUACGAGGUCCGGAGCCUGCUGGUUUUCUGUUCUACCUGAUAAUGAAUUGCACACACCUGGUGUUCCAGGUCUAAAUCAGUCCCUGAUUAGAGGGAAACAAUGAAAAAAUGCAGUUGAACUGGCUUAAGUCCAGAGUUGAGUUGAAGGGGUAUAGAGCCCCACACUGGAGGUGUCAUAAUACUCAUUAAACCUAGUGGUCAAACAGGGAAAUGGUUCCAAUUGUUUUUCCACCAUUAAUUUUUCCUAUUUUAAAAACACUUAAGGGCUGUUUCCUGUAGGCUUACCCUGGCGUGACGUUUUGAUAUAUCAUGUAAAUCUCUCUCGGACAAGGUGACUUAUCAAUAUAUACGGCUCCAUUUACUCUCAGAUUCGAAAAUUCUAAUCAGCGUCAAAGUAGACAUGCAAAACUACAAAUCCCUGCACGUCAUCUCUAGCUGACACCUUUGCGAACAGGUAUUGUGUCAAUUUAAAACUUGCACAAGACCGUUCACAGAACUGUCCCUUUAAAUAUACUCUGCCAAUUUACUCAUUACUACAUUUAACAUUUAGAUAAAUAAAUCCAGAGAUUCUUACCUUUCCUUCAAUUUGACAGUCUCUUCCAGAUCAUGGCAUUUGUAGUUCUUUAUGAUAGCCACAUUAACAGCUAAUUAACAUUUCAUUUUGGGGGGGGUAAAUACAGGCAAAUAUAUUUAUAAAGGUCACUUUUUCCUAGAGAUUUACAUGGUUAUCAAAACAUCACGCCAGGGUAAGCCUACACAAAACACAACCCUUAUUUUAAGUGUUUCUAAAAAUCCCCCAUGGGAUUUGACCCGCUAGGUUUUAUGGGUAUUAUGACUCAUACUGUGGUACUCUAUUGGCUGUAAGGUUUUAUAGAAAUGUAACUGCAUUGCUGGAGGAGAGCAUGUACUGUUUGCCACCGAUUGUUUUCUCAAAUCGAUUGUCUUGAGAUAUUGAAUGGUAACGGAUCAUCUUAGUCUUGGUAGUUUAUGUACACGUCAUUAUGUCUACACUUAACGAUGGAAGGAGACCGUGUGAUAGUCUAUUGCUGAUACAUUUUCCUGUAAAGUUUUGAGUGAAAUUUACAGUGUACCAUGAGGAACAGUAUAUUUGGAAAUAUAUUUAGCUACACAUUUAGUUUUUUCAGUCAAACCACUGUACAUAAAUGCACAAGAUUGCUGUGGAAAGUGUCAAAGAAACCAGUUAGUCAUAACAGCACUUUAUUGAUGGAAUGGAACGCAUACGACUCCAUUGUCUCCAUCUAAUGGUACGAACUGUACCAUCUUCUUCCUGGCCAUUUAAAAAGAAAAGAUGGAUAGAGAGUUGGAUAAAAUAAGACUAUUGUAAGCAAACAAUCACUUAAUAGCAAUUAAAAACCUGAGACAAACAUGAAAGAGACAAAUAUGAAAAUAAUUGGCUUUACUGAAUUUGCUACUGAAGAUGUUGAAAUGGAAAAUUUCACUGAAUGUAAUAAGCAAUGUAAAUUAGAAUUUGAAAACACCCAUAAUAAAUAUUUUCAUAUGUAUUAUGAA